AUGACAGGAUUUAAUAUCAAAAGUGUACAGUCCGAAGGAUUCAAGUUAAACGUCUGGGAUAUUGGAGGUCAAAGAAAGAUUCGGCCGUAUUGGCGUAAUUAUUUUGAAAACACAGACGUGCUAAUCUACGUAAUCGAUAGUGCAGACAGAAAGAGAUUUGAGGAAACAGGAGUGGAAUUAGGCGAAUUACUGGCCGAAGAGAAAUUAGUUGGAGUUCCUCUUCUUGUCUUUGCAAACAAACAAGACCUGUUCAACUCUGCGGCCGCCAGCGAACUAGCAGAAGGAUUGAACCUACCUGCAAUAAGAGACAGAGCUUGGCAAAUACAAGCCUGUUCGGCCAUUAACGGAGAAGGACUAAAGGAAGGAUUGGAUUGGGUAUGCAAAAAUAUCAAAAGGAAAAAAUAAACUGCACACAAUUAGCUUUAAUAAUUUAUUAGAGAUAUUUAAAAACACACCAAAAUAGAAGAACUUUAAACUGUUUUGUUCACUUUGCCCCACUGCAGAGAAAAAGUAUUAAUGGCAGUUUAAUCAACAUUCAUUCGUUUAUGAUGCACACUCGAUCAAACCUGUUCCGAAAUUCCGUCCUUCAUAAAGUAAUAGUUAAAUGGUUUAGAUCUUUCGAGCCACCGAUUUCAUUUACAUACAAACCACACACAUCGUCUAGAUUUACAUCUUUUAAAAUGCAUUCCACGCAGUUACCUACUCACAUAUGUAUAUAUUUACAUAUAAUUUAGAGAAGUGUUUUGCAUAUUCAACAAAAAAUCAAAUUAUUUUAUUUUUUUUUAGUAAUUUUCAUUUCAAAAAAGCACAAUAUUAAAAAACAUAUCAUACAACUUUUUUCUAGCCAAUUCGUUAGCAACUCUGUGAUAAUUUAUUAUUCCGUUUUUAAUUUAAAAUAUUGUAUGUUCAUCAGUUCAUGUUGCUGCAUUCGACAAUCUAAAACAAAUUUAGCAAACAAACUCGAUCGCUUUUUAUUAAAAUUAAUUUUAAUAAAUAUAAAAUUGCAUUAUUUAUACUUUUUAUAUAUUUAUAAAUGUAUAAAUAGUUAAUGUUGCCAUUUUAAGAGGAGAAAAAUAUAUAUAAAUUUGCCACAUAAAAUGUUUAAUGACUCAUCGUUGUUAUAUUUUAACAAAAGAAACAACAAAAAAAGUGCAUAAAUUCAUUCUGAAUUUUACGAAAUUUAGAGAUUUAACGAACAAAUUUUCUGUUGUUUCUGUAAUCGAGUUACAAAUCAAACCACAAAUAUUUUCUAUUGCUUAAUUAAAUUAUUGCAUAAGAUAAGCAUAAAUAUAAAAAUAUAAUGUUAUCAAAUAUGCAAAAUGAAUAAAUUAGAUUUGUAAAUACGAAUAUUUUAAUUUUUACGAAUGCUUGUCUCCCUGUUAAAGAAAUGUCUCCUUUGUUCUUUUAACAUUUAUAUGUUCUUGUAUUACGUUUGACGUUACCGUCUUUUAUUUGGUGUAAUUUAAAUUUUUGUAAUUAGCAUACGUCAAGCAUUCAAAAGUUGUUAUUGAAUAAAACUGCAUUACCAACUUGA